AUGCCGUCCGCCAGCUCAGCCACCCACGACGCAUCAGCGGCACGCCCGCCAUCGUCCGCAUCGAUGCCUGCGCUCAGCUCGUUGCAGCAUGCGUCAUCGUCGCGCAACGAUGCCGACGGCUCAUUACCCGGUCACGGUCUGGAAUUCAUCGCCAAUCAUCAUCGUCAGCACAAUCUCAACGACCCGGCACUCAAGGCGAAUCCAGUCAAGUCACGCCGUUCUUCGCUCCUCCCUUCGGUGCUCAAGCCAAAGUUCAAAAGCGAGUCUCGCCGAUCAUUGAAACCCCCACUUCGAUCCUCAACAUCAGCUGCUGCUGCGCCACUACAGCCACGCAGCUCCAGCAGGUCUGUCCACAAUUACUCCCAAUCCUUGCCCUCAUUCGCUGCUGCCACGGUGCCUCGCCCCAGGCUUGACGCCAACAUGUACGAACCGUCCGUAUGUGAUCCGAACACGGCCCAGCAUCAUCGCUCCAACGCUCAGAGAUCCGCUCCCGGCGCGCACCCAGGGCCUGACAUUGCCGACGGCAUGGAAGCCAAAGCGUCGGUCUUCCGCCCUGCUUAUUCGCCUUCCACGGCUUUGUUGUCUUCUCCUGUUGAUCAGCCCGAAGCGGACGGCUCGAUUUGCUCCUCGAUACACGCAAAGGGCCUCACCUUUGCCUCCAUGCAAGUCAUCCCGCCGGCUUCCUCCUCCCCUACUUCAUUUGACUCGACAUCUGCACCCAACACCCACUCCGCUUCUCGCAGACAACCUCUCCGCAACGCUGCGUUUGUAGAAGAGGAUUUUGCGGGCUCAGAGACGCCUAUCGACAAUUGCAUCGACUCCCCAGCCGCCUCGCAAGGGCACGCAGACCCGUCAGAGCAGAGUAAUGACGUUUCCUCGGUAACCGCCGCUGCCUAUCCAACUCCACAACCUGCAUCUAAUCCCGCACCUCCGAUCAUCACGCGAACCGAUGUCUCGGACGACAACGUCAGCCAUCAAGUCGAGAUUGCAUCCUCUCCUGAUUUGGUCGCAGCAUCCUUCACGCCCUCCGUUACACCUCCUUCGAUCUCGACGUUGGGUGCUAGCGCCUCAGAGACUAGCCUUUACCCGCCAAUCCAAAGACUCCCGCAAUCGGCUUCCGCUCCUGUCAUCUCGCCACGACGCUUUUCAAGUCUGGGUUUUGCGUCCGCGAACAACCUGGCAAACCAGACGGAUCCGCAAAGCUCGUCUUCCGCAUCUCGCACUGCUGCGCGCGACGUUACCGAAGAGCUCGAUUCGCCCAAUUCGCGCGAAUCACGCAGCGUCCGAGCAGAUCGACGAAUGAGCAUGCUCGACUUUCUCGCCGCUGGGCCAAGCGCUGAUGCUUCGCCCCGUCGCAUUCAAGCCAGUCUGUCGGCUGAAGACCUGUCACGCUCCGCACACGACACCUCUUCCCUCCGGGUCAGGCCCUCUGCGCUCACUCCUCCCUCCGUGCCCUUGUUUCAAGCCAGCCGCCAGUUUAGGCUAGGAGCAACCGCAAUGCAGGCUCGUGCCCCCGUGUCCAAGACGUUCGACCUCUGCGAUCAAGUCCGCGUCAGCGUCGAGCCGCUAGUCGAUCGUCUCAACAUGUUUGGCUCCAUGCAGUCGAGUUCCAACUACUCGCUCGCAGGCUCCGUCGUCGUCGAGAUCCCCAGACUCAACAUUCCACGACUCUCUACGGCUGCCGGCCUCGCUCUUGACGGCUCGACCACAGAGUCGCCAUCGGUGCAUGUCGAAUCGCUUACCGUCCGCUUCAUGGGCUACUCUAUCUAUGUCGAUGCUACUGGAAGGUACAACGCCAUCAAGCUGACAGAGACUUUUCAAGAACUCCUCCCGCCAGAAGGGCACUCGUGCAUCGUCGAGCUCAACGAGACCGCAACCUCGACAGUACAGAUCGCGAGCAACGAAGACGAUCAUCAGAAUCUCAAAUACGAGACCGAAUUCGAUCUCUCCGUUCCUGGCUGGCUGCCAGCUUCGCAGCGAUCUCGAUUUGGCGCGACCUUCUACUGCGUCCAGGCAACUGCCAUUGUCCAAGGUCAAGCUGUUCUUUCGGCUCUCUCGGGUUUUGACGGCGAAUUCAGCCAGACUUCACCCAGCCAGUCCUCUCCUCUGAGCCCGCCCGAGUCUCUCGAGUCCGAGUUGCGGGAGACAAGCAUGGGCACAGGCGCUGGCUCUCUGAGAGACGCCAAUUUUGCGACCCCUGCUACAAUCGGCCGGAGCAAGAGCAGAAAGACGUGGCUCAACAAGACGGCAAGACAGCUGCAGCUCCGCACCUCGAAGAAAACCACUGGCACCCAUUCCGAACAAGGCGGGUCGGCCUCCAAUAGUCGUCGCGGCUCCGGCUCCAAGGACGCCCUUCAGAUCCUAGACCGUCAGGAUCCGCUUUUUGGCAAGACGACGGAGGUCUCGAAUCAGGUCAUGCCGACAGACUCGCUAGGCUCGCUACAGCCAGCCAAUUGA